GAAGGAAACAACGCUCUUGGUUGAAGAUGACACAUGGGCAAGCUUCGACAGAUCCACUGGAAGCUGCUGUCGUUGAUCUUGCUCGCCGCGUCCACGUGUCUUUACCUGCACAGACUUUUGGCAGACGAAGCAGGCACCGCUGGUAGCGGCUCCGCUCGGUGUGAAUGGGAGCGGUGGUCUUGUGAGCUGCAAAAUUCCAGUUGCGCAGACUUAAGCUGGUCGGACUGUGCAAGUUGCAAUGGCAGCUGGCUGGGCCUGGUGCUUCCCAAGACCUGGCUCCGAAAAAGUCCACCGCUUUCCAACUGCUUCGUCACAGGUGACGACGAGAUGCGUUGCCUGCCAACGCUCCUCAACUUGGCACCACCCAAGAGCGGAACCACCGAGAUCUAUCAGCAGAUCCAGACCAUGCCAGAGGUGAUCUCGGCCGCACCGGCCGAGCCCUCGUCGCUCUGCCGCGGCCGCAGCGCGUUUUGGUGCUCUAAGGAGCCUUCCUUCUGGCACGCUCCACGGAGUGCUGCAUCACUUCAGGAGUACACCUUGAUGUACCAGCCUUUGACAGAGAAGUUGCAAGGAGGAAGCGGAUCAUCGACCAUCGCAGUGGACUGGUCUCCAUUGAACUAUGAAGCGAAUCCUUACCUCCUUGGGCGCUUCGUGGGACCCGCGGCGCGCUUCGUGGCCUUCCUGCGGAAUCCCGUCCAACGAGCCGAGUCAGACUACAAUUGGUCCAUUUACACCGUGGGAUUGAGCUGCACAGCCUCCAAGAAGAAGAUACAAAGCCCCGGCAGCUCCAGUGGUAGCUCCCAGGCCAUGCAUAAGCUCUUCGCCUCUUCCGUGAAGGACUUCACCACCUGCGCCGCCACCUCCUCGCCGCUCCGGUGCUGGCGCCGUGGGGCGCCAGCGCGCGAGCUCAACUGUCGCACCUUCCGAGAGAGCUCCGCCUACGUCCUUCGAGGCCUCUAUAGUGUUUACCUCAGCAGCUUCUUGGAGGUGUUUCCUGGGCAGCUGCUGGUGGCACGGGCAGAGUCCCUCACUUGGCCCCGCUUGGCUGCUCUCCUGGGCGCCACGCUGGCACCGCGCCCAACGACGGCGACGCUGGCGCCGUUUCGAGGGAAGCACCAGGUGCACCUGCUGCCCGAGACCCAGCAGCUGUUGAAAAGCUUCUAUGCUCCCUAUGUCCUGGAGCUCCAACACAUGUUCAACGAUUCGACGCUUUCGUGGUGGUGAAGGCCGUGCGACACCUGGUGCAUCACUCCACCGAGCGGUCACUUCUCCUGGACGAAGCGAAGCGAAGAACGGUCUUCGGGUCGCGGACGACUCCGUUGGAUUCCACGGCCGUCUGAGAGCGUCUGAGAUCGGUCGAUAGACACGUAGAGAGCGUCGUCAGGUCGGCCUGGAGAGUGAAAUCCAUAUGGGCCUGGCCCUUCCAGUACCGGAGGUACUUAGGAUCACAUCCGGGGCUGGUGAACACUCAUCCCAUCCACAUGAGGAUCGGGCAGUGCCAGCCAGCCCGCGUGUGGCGAAGAAAAGACAGAUCGCAGCAGGUUUGGGCAGACUGCGGAUCGGAAUGGGCGAAACAGUUUGGGGCAGACACCCUUGAAGUCAAAGACUACGUGGAUCUUCCACAUGUGCAAC